AUUAGGUAAAUAAUACUAGCAAUUAUGGAGUACUUUAAAAGCAGCAUUAAAUAUGUGGUUGGGACUACGCCCGAGCCUGAAGUUAAACCAUCUGGAGCUGAGAUGAUAGAGAGACUAGUCAACAGAUUGCAAUCAUCCUCUUUAUUAGAUGACAGAAGAGAUGCUUGUAGAGCUCUUAAAGCCCUUUCAAGAAAUCACAGAGUAGAAGUUGGAGCACUUGCAAUGGAGCCUUUAUUACAAGUUUUACAUAUGGACAAAACAGACUCUGAAAUAGUUGCAUUGGCUUUAGAUACUCUGUGUAAUAUUACGAGCAAAGAGGUGUUCGAUGAUGAAGAUGAAGCUAAACACAAUAUUGGAGAAGAAUUUACAGAAAUUCUUGUCAAGAAUGAAAGCAGUGUUAGCAGGAUAUUAAUGUUCCUAGAAGAAUUUGAAUCUAAGGUCAGAUGGCCAGCUUUAAAGAUACUGUCAAACUUAUUAACUCAUAAAUUAAAAAUUGUCCAAGAAAUAAUUUUAGUUAGUCCUAUGGGCAUAUCAAAGCUUAUGGAUAUACUUGCAGAUACUAGAGAAGUUAUUAGGAAUGAUGCUCUCUUGGUGCUUAUACAACUGACCAAAGCAAACUCAAACAUACAGAAAAUCGUGGCAUUUGAAAAUGCUUUUGACAGAAUAUUUAUUCUCAUUCAUCAUGAGGGAGGAUUAGAAGGAGGAAUUGUAGUCGAAGAUUGCCUUAUUCUUAUGUUAAAUUUACUCAGAAGUAAUUAUAGUAAUCAAAAUUUCUUCAAAGAAGGAAGUUACAUUCAAAAACUUACACCAAUGUUUGAAUUGCUCACUACUUGUGCUGAUGAGCCAAAUGGCUGGAGUCCACAAAAAAUGUCCAAUGUAUAUUGCCUUACUCAGAUAGUAAGAGCUCUUGUAGCUCCAAACGGGCCUGCUCAAUCAGUCGCUGCAUGUCAGAAAAUAAUGAAAUCUUGUGGUUUACUUGAAACUCUUUGUAAUAUACUAAUGAUGGUUGGAAUUCCACAGGACACUCUGACUGAAUUAAUCAACACAGUAGCUGAAAUCAUUCGAGGUGACGAUAUUAAUCAAGAAUUUUUAGCAAAUGUCAUGGCCCCUAGUAAUCCACCAAGACCUGUUAUUCUUGUCUUGUUGAUGUCCAUGAUCAAUGACAAACAAACUUUUUCAUUGAGAUGUGCCGUACUUUACUGUUUUCAAUGCUUUCUGUAUAAAAAUGUGACCAAACAAAUGGAGCUUGUGCAAACACUUCUUCCACAAGGAACUGAUAGACCAUCGUUAACAUCAGGUCAACUGUUAUGUGGCGGUAUUUGCUCAUCAGAUUCACUGUCGAUAUGGUUUUCAGCAGUAGCAUUGUCACAUGCUUUAAUAGAAGGCACAAAGCAAAAAGAAGAGCUGGUUAAAGUUCACUUAGCUACAAAUAUUGGAACUCCUCCAGUGUCGUUGAUGUCACAAUGCAUAACUCUUCUUCAACAAAAUAAUAAUAUUCAGUCAAAAUUAGGAAUUUUAAUACUACUGUGUACGUGGACUGCGUACAGUCCAGCCGCUGUCAAAGCUUUCGUAUCAAUCGAAUUUUCCGUAUCGUAUCUCAUUGCUCUUCUAUCGUCGCACGAAUUUACCGAAGACGUGCAAGAAAUAUUGCUUAAGAGUAUGUGCGCUUUUCUCAUCGGAAUAUGCGUGCAUUUCAACGACGACAGCGUGCCCAAGUACACCAAGUCAAAAUUGCGCGAUAUCGUUGAGAAUAGAAUAGGACUGGAAAAGAUCCAAGACACCAUCGGUAACAUUACGAAACACGAAGUUUAUUCGCGCACGCUGAAGCAUCCGCAGUUAUCCGUCAAAACUUCCGAAGAAAUUCUCUUGGAUCACGAGUUUUGUAGAUUGCUGAAAAAUCUGGAAACAGUCGUAUUGAAAACCAUAUCCAGCAAAGGAGACGCGAACAAUCACAACGAAGAUUCUCACAAUUACAAUCUGCCAGAAAAUCCAAUGAUAGCGCAGUAUAAGGAUUUGAUAAGGGAACAGGAUGCAAAAAUAACGAUGCUCAUCGAUACGGUCAAUGGUCUAACGAAAGAAAAGCACGACUUAGUAUUUCAAAUGGAUCAAUUGAGGUCGAAGGUCGAUUCCUUGGUGGAUGAAAAUAAAGUCCUUAGAGCGGCUCACGCAAGUUUUUCCGACAAGUUAAACCAAGCCGAAAAUAAUCAUACCAGCCAUGAAAAAUGUCUCAAGCAAAUUCAAAUUCUUCAAGAGCAAGUCAAGAGAUGCGAGGAUCUCGAGAAUCAAAUCAGUAAAUACGAAGACAUUAUAAAAGAAAUGAAGAGUGACAAUUCGGAAAAUGCCAUUAUCGAAAAGUUGGAUAAAGAAAUUGCUGAAAAAACGCAGUCAUUGAAUAAAUUAACUCAAGAUCAGAAUGAUUUGUUGGCCCUAAUGAUGGAUCAAGAUAAGCUAAUUGACAAGUACCAAAAGAAACUUGCUAGUUUAGGCAUAUCUUGCGAUGAGGAUGAGUGUUGUGUUGAACAUGUUGAAAAUCACAAUGAUAGUGCUGUAACUAAUGAAAAAUAUAAUUAAAAUCCAAGCAAAGUACUCCAAUUAAACAUGUUUUGUAUUAAAAUUAAAUGCUUUUCGAAAAUUUACUUUAAUUAAUUAAUAUACUUGCAUAACCACCAAUAUAUGCUUUCAACUUUAUAUUUGUAUAUUACAUAUAUAAAAAUUGCUAGUAACAUCUAUUACUCCUUCGAUUUUUUUUUUAUUUUAAACU